GAAACCAGCCCACCUUGGGAGUGUCCUUUUUUCACAGGUGUCCCUUUUUAGGAGGUGUAUUAGUAAGGAGCAGCACAGUGCGUCAUUUAGUUGGAGGGGCCUUUUUGGAGGUUCCACUGUGUAUCUUUGUGUUUUUAUUGCCAUGUUAGCCUUCUUUAUAUCAUUCUUCAUCCACCCCCUCUGUCUAUAUGACUUCUUCCCUCUGGGUGUGACUUCAUUUCCCUAUCUCUACCACCAGAUCUCCCUACUUGCUGGUGACCAGUUCCCUGAAGAUAUACAAGAUGCCUAUGACAGGUGCAGACUCCCAGGCUGCACUCGAAAUAAUAGCGGCUGACAAUGGCAUAUCAGCCAUUGCCUUUCACUACAGGUUGGGUUACAUCUUUUGGAUCAAUGUACGAGAUCGCUGCAUCAAGAGAGCUAACAUGGACGGUACCAACAUCACGACUUUAGUCAUGGGAGACCUAUCAAAGCCUGCUGACUUGGCAGUGGAUUGGAUCCACGAUAAACUCUAUUGGAGCGACUCUGGUUUCAAGAGAAUUGAAGAAGUAGACCUCCAUACAAAUGAAAGGAGAAUUGUUGUUCAGUUGGACUCUGGCAGUAACCCAGUGGGUCUUGCCGUAUAUCCUACCAUGGAGCAUGGUGUUCUGUAUUGGACGGACAGUGGUAACCGUAAUCUGCAGAGGAUCCUCAAUACAGGCACUUCUCAUGCUGUCAUUCACCAAGCCAACUGUGUUCAGCCAAUUGCCCUUAAACCUACGAGAGAGAAUGGUGUACUGGGGAGACCAGUGUACAUAUUCCAUAGAGUCCGUCUUGAUCAACGGGACCAGCCAUAGUGUUGUGGUGAAUAGCGACGAGAGUGCAAUCGAAUUUCCCCGCGGAAUGUCUCAGUUCGGAGACUCAGUUUACUGGGUUCAGCCGAAUGGGUGUAUAAGAAGACGGGGGAGGUCAUGAGCGUUUUAUACGAUAGUCCCAGCUCCAAUGUCCUGCAAGAUAUUCAAGUUGUUCACCCUGACACUCAACCUACCAUCGAACAACUUCAGCAGCCUGAAUCUGUGUCUGACGUGAGUGCUGAAUGUGGAGGUGGAUGUCAGAAUGGUGGCAGCUGCAUAUUCCCUGGAGUCUGCAACUGCUCUACUGGCUGGGCCGGUCUCUCCUGCAGUGAAGAUGAGGAUGAAUGUCUGGUCAACAACGGCGGCUGCCCACACAACUGCACCAACACAGAUGGUGGGUAUCACUGCUCCUGCCAGGAGGGCUACACACUGUCUCAUAAUGGCUCCAACUGCGAUUGAAUCUCCCGUCAUUCCUACUUCAGUCCCUGACAUCCAGCAGACCGCGACACCCCAUCCUUCUCUUCCACCUGCUUCCCCCACCCUCGAACCAAACAUACAGCCAAACAUCCUCUCACAUUCAACCUCAUCACAUUCAAGCCCUUCACGGCCCACCCCAACUAGCACCACAACCACUGACAGGUCAUCUCCUACUAGAACCACAACUACCACAGAUCUCCUGCACAAACCCUCAACGACGGAUAGGAAUGAUGUGGUCCCAACUUCCAGUAAUAAAGCCAUACCUACACCGGCAGCCCACCCGACCACUUUCACUACUGCCUAUGUAAACCCAUCCAACACACCAACUGAUGGCGAAGAAACUGGGACAGAGAUUACACACGGCGACAGUGUUGUGUCUAUGACAUCACCCUCAGCAACACAGACCGUGGAAUUUGAUAUUCAGGAGACACCGUUGCCGACCUCUGACUCAAAAUCAGGAAUGACAGGUCCAACCAUCAGCGGCAUAGACAGAGCGAAUGAUGAUACUGAAGGAUCCAAUCCAUUAGUGUUCAUCAUCCCAGUGUCAGUGGUGGCAGGAUUUGUUCUUCUCUCUCUUGCCGUGUUUGCAUUCAUGAUGACCUACGUACAUUGCAAAAGCCAACGUCAAGGCUCUUACUCGUUUGGAAAUCCCGCCGCUCUGGACAUAGCCGGAGCGGUGUCGACAAACACGCUCAAGCGAGGCCAAGUCACUCGCACGAGCUUCAGAUCGAUGGGUUCUUCAGGGACCUCUCAAAACACCCCCGAAACUGUUGCGAUUCUCUCUCAGCCUAGAGACAGCACGCGUGCCUCCUCCACAAUCAGUGGAUCAGAGUCGUUUGAAUGGAACCACACAUGACAGCCGCAGAGACGCCCUACACGAAGAAGCCACAAAGUCACAUCGUUUUAUUAUGAAUUUAUCAUCACAUUGCACAUUUCUUUUCUAUGUUUGUCCAAGAUUUUGAUUAUAUAGGUACUUCUUGCAAUAAUCAAUCAUAGAUCAUAUUAGUGUUUGUGUUGCAUAUUAUUAUAGCAAAAAACGGCAGUAUAAUAAUUAUAGUCGGG